AUGUUGCGGGCCAUGUUGACAGACUUGGUGGCCUUGACUCAUCAUGUCACUGGCUCUCCUGAUUCCAAGCUUGCCAUUGCUCUUGUAUCCGACUUUUUUGGAUACGAAGCGCCAAACUUGAGGUAUAUGGGUUAUUACAUAAUGAAGAUAGUGUUUAUGAGAUAUUUGCAUGGUCUGCCUAAAAUAUCUAGUAUGAUUAAGAAUAUGGAUUCCAAAAGGAUAAUUGAGACUACUGAUUCCGACAAGAAUUCUUUUAAGGCGUCUGUUGAUGCAAAAUCAUUUAUUGAAGCAUUGAAAAGUAAAGGUAUUUCUUCAGAAGGGGCAGCAGACCAGGCUUCUGUUGGGGUGACAUUUGUUGCUUAA